UGUUAGCCACGAAAAUGUUAGAAAGUUCAAGAAACAGAGGCGGCAGUCUCGUACGAAUGCACCGCGAGGACAUUAACGGUAGUUUGAGGAUGUCAUUUUCAGGACUGCACUAUUAAUUUGCCCUACAGCGAACAGGGGGUUAUGGCAACAAACAAAGAAGCAACUCCUCAGUGGAAAACAACAAUAAUAAUCAGCACGUCACUCCAGAGCCAUGACACAAUCAGGAUGAUUAGCGCGCAGCAGCACCGAAUCCGAUUUUCAGACAGUGUUGAGUCCGGAGCCUUUAUUUUUCCUCUGUCAGGUACGGCAUUUCUCUUGGUUGACCCUCAAGACCUCCUAGAGCAUUUUGAGGAAUCUGGACUUAUUCAGAGGAUAAAGACAUUUGUGCAAGUACACCGGAACAGCUUUCUACUUCUAUAUGCCCCCUUUAAUGGGAAAAAGGAACUGGAAAUCUUGUCGGUGAUUCAACUGAGAUUCUUUGGCAGCAAUCUCAGAAUCCUACCUGUGCGAAACAAUGCAGAGAUUGUCAAAGGAAUGUUGACAAUUGCCAAGGCCACCAGUAAGCCCCAUGUAGACAGUAUCCGUGACCGGAUGUCUCUGGCUCGGGCUCACAUCAUUGAAAGCAGUCCUGUGUGGGAGAUGCUUAGAGACAUUCUAUAAAGCUCAGCAUAUGAUCCAGCAUGUCUUCACACACUUGUGUUGUUUUAUUUGAUGCUCUAACAGUACGAGCUUUACAUUUGUUUACAAUAACUUUGGAAUAGAGAAUAAAAGAAUUGUAAUCAAUGCAUGUUUCUGUGUCAGCCAAACAGAGCAAAUAAAGUAAAAGUGUGUAUA